GACCGGGUGCUUGAGAAUGAGGUUACACAGCUUCCUGUUUGUAACUGAAGAGCAGCCAGUUUUCAAAGCACUGAGAGGUAACGAGGGGAAGGUAAAAAUAGACUACAGUGCAGCACACCUCACUGACUUAACACAGCCCGACCCUGGAGCCUGAGAGCAGUCGUAUCAGACAAUCUGCUUUGUUCAAGACGGCUGGAAUAUGGAACGAGAUUGUCGACUUGAACUCAUUGGUCUGAUGCUUUUAUUUCUGGCCUUGUUGAUCUCGAUGAGUCUCAAUCUCAUUCUCUUCCUCAGACAUAGAGCUUCUUUGUGCAGAGAAAAAGAUGACUGCUGCUUCUCAAAUAUUUAUGAAGGAGAAAGGCCGUCACAGGUCGAAGGUCCUUUCUUUCCUGACCAGCAGGAAGAUCCCCACAUGCAACAGGAAAAUCCAAUCUAUGGAAACAUCAGCACAGUGAGAACAGAGGUUUUCAGCGAGAUGAUGACCAUGCCACCCACAAGAGGUCGUACGGAGCCUUGUCAGACUGACCUGAAUUACGCCUCGUUGGAUUUGAAGAUCGCAAAGAAACGCAAGAGGAAGUAUCAACAGCAGCUAGACCAGACUCGAAGCAGCCGUCAGGAUCAGCUGCCGGUUCACCUCACACCCCCCAUGAAUAGUUUCUUGGAGGUGGACAGAGAUGUGGAGGCUCACCUUCCUCCCAGAGACACCAGCACCAUGGUCUCACAGGCCAGCAUCUACCUGAACAGCCAGCAGAUAGCCCAGGAGACGGAGGAGAUGGCCAAGGAAAGGAGUAUGAACUGGGAGAGGGAGGAACUUGUGUGGGGAGGAGAUACACUCGAGGAGGACGGGGGAACGACGGACUGGAGAGGAGAGGAAGAGAGUGAAGAAAGAACGGAUAGAGAGCUGGGUGCUGGGAAUGGGUCUGUGGGCACACAUGCUGCUCAGAGAGAUUCAGCGGAUUUCACCAGCAGCAUCUGGCAAGAUAGUGACCGACAGUGUAUCAUAUAGCAGCCGUAACAUUAAAGCAACACUAUGCAACUUCUUUACCUUCAAAAAGCAGCUUCAAAAUCUGUUUGCUGGUUCACUGACUUUGGAGUAAGGAGAACAGUUUCCUCCUUCACUCCCACUUCUCACCCUGAAAUUCUCAUGUUGCUCUAUUUAACUUUCCUUUGAGAAGCGAGUGACGGCUUAGAUUAUCAGAAUCAGGUCCAGCAAGUUGAAGAAUUGUGCUGAACUGUCGAUCAGGGGAAAAGACCAAAGCCAUCUCCACGUAACUGCAGACGUUUUGCAAAACUAAGACCUCACAAAGUGCGUUCCCUCUGUUGCUUUGUGUAACGGAAAUGUGACAGAAACAACAACAAAUGCAGCUUUACUCUGGUUUUGUACAUUCGGUUAGCACGGCUACGUCUUAUUACAAAUGUUCAGCUACAUCUGCCUCACCCAAUGUCACUUGGACCAUGGCGUUCUUCUCUGGUGUUUGGUGGAUCACUGAUGCAGCCUUUAUCCCCACCCUCUGGCCCAGGAUGCUUGUGUGAAUGUUAUUUGUGUUACUUAUUGUUUUUAAACUGUUCAUGAAUUAUUAUUAUUUUUUAUUAUUUUUCUAAGCAAACUGGAAAAAGUCCAAUAAAAUUUAUU